GUGAUUUCUGAUGAAACUGGAUGGGAAUAGUUUUCAUAUUUGUAUAUUUAUACGUAUAUAUAUAUAUAUUUUAAAAUUUUGCAUUUGACUUAAAGUGCCAUGAGAAAAUUUGCAUAUUGCAAGGUGGUCCUAGCCACCUCUUUGGUGUGGGUACUCUUGGAUAUGUUCUUGCUGCUUUACUUCAGUGAAUGCAACAAAUGUGAUGAAAAAAAGGAGAGAGGACUUCCUGCUGGUGACGUUCUAGAGCCAAUACAGAAGCCUCAUGAAGGUCCUGGAGAAAUGGGGAAACCAGUCGUCAUUCCUAAAGAAGACCAAGAAAAGAUGAAAGAGAUGUUCAAAAUCAAUCAGUUCAACUUAAUGGCAAGUGAGAUGAUUGCGCUCAACAGAUCUUUACCAGAUGUUAGGUUAGAAGGGUGUAAAACAAAGGUGUAUCCAGAUUCUCUUCCGACGACAAGUGUGGUAAUUGUGUUCCACAACGAGGCUUGGAGCACCCUCCUGCGAACUGUCCAUAGUGUCAUUAACCGCUCACCGCGACACAUGCUAGAAGAGAUCGUGCUGGUCGAUGACGCCAGUGAACGAGACUUCUUGAAAAGACCUCUGGAGAGUUAUGUGAAAAAGUUGAAAGUGCCCGUUCAUGUAAUUCGAAUGGAGCAGCGUUCCGGAUUGAUUCGGGCAAGAUUAAAAGGAGCUGCUGUUUCUAAAGGUCAAGUGAUCACCUUCUUAGAUGCGCACUGUGAGUGCACAGUGGGGUGGCUGGAGCCUCUCCUCGCCAGAAUCAAGCAUGACAGGAGAACUGUAGUGUGUCCUAUCAUUGAUGUAAUCAGCGACGACACUUUUGAGUACAUGGCAGGCUCAGAUAUGACCUACGGUGGGUUCAACUGGAAGCUCAAUUUUCGCUGGUAUCCUGUUCCCCAAAGAGAAAUGGACAGAAGGAAAGGGGAUCGAACUCUUCCUGUGAGAACACCUACAAUGGCAGGAGGCCUUUUUUCAAUAGACAGAGAUUAUUUCCAGGAAAUUGGAACAUAUGAUGCUGGAAUGGAUAUUUGGGGAGGAGAAAACCUAGAAAUUUCCUUUAGGAUUUGGCAGUGUGGAGGUACUUUGGAAAUUGUUACUUGCUCACAUGUUGGGCAUGUAUUCCGGAAAGCUACACCUUACACAUUUCCAGGAGGCACAGGGCAGAUCAUCAAUAAAAAUAACAGGCGACUCGCAGAAGUUUGGAUGGAUGAAUUCAAAAAUUUCUUCUACAUCAUUUCCCCAGGUGUUACCAAGGUAGACUACGGAGACAUAUCCUCAAGGCUUGGCCUCAGGCACAAACUACAGUGCAAACCUUUCUCUUGGUACCUAGAGAAUAUUUAUCCCGAUUCUCAAAUCCCACGGCAUUAUUUCUCUUUGGGAGAGAUAAGAAACGUGGAAACCAACCAGUGUCUGGAUAAUAUGGCUAGAAAAGAGAAUGAAAAAGUUGGAAUUUUUAAUUGUCAUGGUAUGGGGGGUAAUCAGGUUUUCUCUUACACUGCCAACAAAGAAAUCAGAACAGAUGACCUUUGUUUAGAUGUUUCCAAACUUAAUGGCCCAGUCACAAUGCUCAAAUGUCACCAUCUAAAAGGCAAUCAGCUUUGGGAGUACGACCCGGUGAAAUUAACCCUGCAGCAUGUGAACAGUAACCAGUGCCUGGAUAAAGCCACGGAAGAGGACAGCCAGGUGCCCAGCAUCAGAGACUGCAAUGGAAGCCGGUCCCAGCAGUGGCUUCUUCGGAACGUGACCCUUCCAGAAAUAUUCUGAGACCAAAUUGACAAAUUUUAAAAAGA